AUGUACAAGGAAGAUUUCAGGAACAUGAUGGAAGAGAACAGAAACAGCAGUGACUCCUCCUCUGCCUUCACUCACACUAACACCAUGAGUGCCAUACUGAUUACUGCCUACUCUGUUGCCUUCGCUGGAGGUGGGAUUGGGUCCAUCACCAUGUCCUUUGUGCUGGUCAAGAUGAACACUCUGUCUGUGACCACUACAGCCAUCAUUAACCUGGUGGUUGUGCAUGUACUCCUCCUCAUCACGGUGCCCUUCCGCCUGCACUACUACGUCAAGAAGAAGUGGGUAUUCCAGAUGCCAUUUUGCAAGCUGGUGAGCGCGAUGGUGCACAUCCACAUGUACCUGACCUUUCUGUUCUAUGUGAUCACGCUGGUGAUCCGAUGGCUCAUCUUCUUUCAGUGGAAGGACAAGGUGGAGUUUUACAGGAAGUUGCAUGCCAUUGCAGCAAGCGCUGCUGUGUGGGUUUUCGUCAUGGUCUUUGUGGUGCCAGUCUUGUACUUUGAGUAUGGACGCUCAGGCUCAUACAAUGACACGACAUGCUUUAAGUUUCACAAGGAACUAGAGCAGGAGAGUGUGAAAGCCCUAAACUACACCAUAAUUGUAGCUGUCACUUGCCUUACUUGUGCCCUCUUGGGCCUGCAGAUUUUCAUCUUGGCAAAAGUGGCAAGAAAACUUUCUGCCUCCCUCUGGUCACACCAAGAGUUCUGGGCCCAGGUGAAAAACUUAAUUUUCAUUUGUGUCAUCAUAAUUUGCUUCCUUCCCUACCACUUCUUUAGGGCCUACUACAUACAGCAUGUGGGUGAGUUAAGCCACUUAGAAAGCUACAAUGAAGUUUUUUUGAGUCUGACUGCCCUCAGCUGUCUGGACCUGCUGUCGUUUGUGCUGAGUGGAAGCCGCCUCAUCAAGCAGCAGGUGGGCACGAUUCGCAGCAGGUUGUCCUGCUGCUAG